ACUUCUGAUUGGCUACGCCCGUUUUCUUCGUUAUGCAGUCUGCGUGGUAUUGACAUCGGGAUGUUAGAUCCCGGGUUACGGAGUAUCGUGAGAUUUGGGGAGAAGCUGAUGGACUGUUGGAGUCAGCGCGGCAGCAGGGGAUAAAGUAACGGCGUCCCGGCAGAACCAGGCUGUUUUAAACGCUGAAAAAGAAGAAAACAUGUCCUUCUGUCGUCUUCUCUGUCUCGCGGCUUUUGCCUGCAUCCUGAGCUCCGCGUCGGCCGAACAGCGGAGGCUCUCUCCAGACAAUCUGCUGGUGGUCACCGCGGCAACAGAGGAGACAGACGGCUUCCACCGUUUUAUGAGGACGGCCAGAGAGUUCAACUACACUGUCAAGGUCCUGGGUCUGGGUGAGGACUGGAAGGGGGGUGACGUGGCUCGGACGGUGGGUGGAGGCCAGAAGGUGAGGUGGUUGAAGAAGGAGCUGCUCAAACACUCGGACAACAAGGACCUGGUCAUCAUGUUCGUGGACAGCUACGACGUGAUCUUCGCCUCGGGUCCUGAGGAGCUGCUCUUCAAGUUUUUCCGUACAGGUCACAGUGUGGUCUUCUCGGCCGAGGGCUUCUGCUGGCCCGACCAGCGGCUGGCCUCCAAAUACCCCGUGGUGCAUUCUGGGAAACGCUACCUGAACUCCGGAGGGUUCAUCGGCUUCGCUUCGGACCUCAGUGCCAUCGUCCAGCAGUGGAAGUACAAGGACAACGACGACGACCAGCUGUUCUACACCAAAAUCUACCUGGACAAGACUCAGAGGACCAAGUUCAACAUGACCCUGGACCAUGGCUCCCUGAUCUUCCAAAACCUGAACGGAGCCAUCGACGAGGUCGUCCUGAAGUUUGAGAAGGCGAAGGUCAGAGUGAGGAACGUCGCCUACGACACACUUCCUGUCAUCAUCCACGGCAACGGACCUACCAAGCUGCAGCUCAACUACCUCGGAAACUACGUCCCCACGGCGUGGACGUACGAGAACGGCUGCGGGACCUGCGACGACGACCUGCUCUUCUUCAACAACGUCCAGGACGAGGACAUGCCGCUGGUGUACGUCGCCGUUUUCAUCGAACAUGCGACUCCCUUCAUGGAGGAGUUCCUGGACCGACUGACGACGCUGAACUACCCCAUGGCCAGGAUCCGCCUCUUCAUCCACAACAACGUGGUGUACCAUGAGCGUCACAUCCAGCGGUUCUGGGUGCGUCACAAGUCUCUGUUCCCCAACACCGUGCUGGUCGGACCUGAGGAGAACCUGCAGGAGGACAAGGCCAGGACCAUGGCAGUCGAGGCCUGUAAGAAGGAUCCGGACUGCGACUACUACUUCAGCAUCGACUCCGACGUGGCCCUGACCAACCCCGACACUUUGAGGAUACUGAUAGAGGAAAACAAGUCAGUCAUAGCUCCCAUGCUGUCCAAACACGGGAAGCUGUGGAGCAACUUCUGGGGCGCUCUGAGUCCUGAAGGAUACUACUCCAGAUCUGAGGAUUACAUCGAGAUCGUGCAGGGAAAGAGGGUUGGUCUGUGGAACGUGCCGUACCUCACUCAGGUGUACCUGAUCAAAGGCAGCCUACUGCGGUCCAAGCUGUCCCAGGUGAGCCUGUACGUGGGCGGAGGGAUGGACCCGGACAUGGUGUUCUGCAGGAGCAUCCGAGACCAGGGCGUGUUCAUGUUCGUGUCGAACCGUGAUGAGUUUGGGCGCCUGGUGGCGUCGUCCAGCUUCAACACGUCCAGACUGCAUCCAGACAUGUGGCAGAUCUUCGACAACCCUGUGGACUGGAAGGAGAAGUACGUCCACAAGAACUAUUCCAGGAUCUUCGAGGAAGACCAGAUUGUGGAGCAGCCCUGUCCAGACGUCUACUGGUUCCCAGCUUUCUCUGACAAGAUGUGUGAUCACCUGGUGGAGACCAUGGAGGACCAUGGGCAGUGGUCUGGAGGAUCCCACAAGGACGAGCGUCUCACUGGUGGUUAUGAGAAUGUCCCAACGGUGGACAUCCACAUGAACCAGAUUGGCUUCGAGAAGGAGUGGCUUAAAUUCCUGAGAGAGUACAUCGUCCCCGUCACAGAGAAGCUCUACCCCGGAUACUACCCCAAGGCUCAGGCCAUCAUGAACUUUGUGGUGCGCUACCGUCCUGACGAGCAGCCGGCUCUGCGGCCGCACCAUGACUCCUCCACCUUCACCAUCAACAUCGCCCUGAACAGGAAGGGCAUCGACUACGAGGGUGGAGGCUGCAGGUUCCUGCGCUACGACUGUAAGGUGGAGUCCCCCAGGAAGGGCUGGUCCUUCAUGCACCCCGGCCGCCUGACGCACUACCAUGAGGGUCUGCCCACCACCAGAGGGACCAGAUACAUCAUGGUGUCCUUCGUCGAUCCAUAGACGCUUCAAACGCCUGCAUGUGUGUGUGUGGUCACAGACAGGACCUGAUGACCUUGAAUGCAUCAUCUUUUAACGGGUUUCAUAGCAGUAUGUUGUGUGAGAGGGGACCCUGAACGCAUCAUCUUUGAAACUUCAGAGGAGCGUCAAAAAAACACGUCAGAUUUUCGUGCUUUUGAACGCAUCGUGUCCUCUUUUCAUUUGUCACCGAGCUGCCUUAACACUCCCUGAAUCUAUGCAAGGAAAACACACUCCAUGUUCAUGUGUGUAUUUUCGUUUCCGGUUGCCAUGGUAACCUCACGGUGGACCACUCUGGUUUAAUUUUUGAGCAAAUUUCCGCACACAUAAGAUACAUCAGCCACCUCACAAACACUGGCCCUCCUUUGAGGUUUGGGGUUACCAUGGCAACCUGCUUCUCCACCGAUCAGAGGGCUCGUCUGUGAGUGUGUGAGGAUGUGUGUGUGUGGGGCGGUGAAUGUGAAAUGAUGGUUUUCAGUGUGUAAACUUGACUUUUCAUAGGAAUAAACUACUUUUAGAUCUCCUAAACAGUCCCAGGGAAACACUAAAGGCCUUCUUAUAUUUUAUUCUUCUUGGUUUAGUUUUUUUUUAUUCACUUCUUCUAUGUUUUCCUCUCAUCGCUGACGGCCGAGCGUGAACGUUGUCUCCUGCAGGCUUUGAAAAUAUUGUGACUGAGUUGGCGGAGCAACGUUUCCACCUGGCGGCUGCAGUUUUCUGUUCAUACGAAGACUCUGUAUAAAUGGCAUUAAAUUAUUUGUUAGACUAAAUAAAGUUUUAAUAAAA